AUGAGUGCCAAAUUUGCCAAUCGCAGAAAGCCCCGCAAGAUUGGCGGCGACGAUGAGCAGGAUGAGGCUGGUGUGCCUGAACCUGUUGUCAAGCGCCCAGCCUCAAAGCCCAAAGCAAAGCCCAAAUCCAAGUUGAACCUGUCAUUUGGCCCCGGGGAGACGUCGACGAACGACGGAGACGAAGAGAGCGAAGUCGUUAUUCCAAAACGACAUGGUCUGGCCCGGAAGCCCGGUGACAACAGCGCCAACACUCGGCUACCUGGUAUAUCUGAUAGUAUAUCUGCACGACUUGGCCAGGACUCAGACCGGCCAACCUACAACAACGAUUACUUGAAGGAGCUUCGCAACUCAACUCCCUCGACGCCUAAGACCAACACCGAUGAUGAAACAACUAAGGCUGUGGAUGUGGCCGCUAAAUUUGGGGAAAUCAUGACAGUCUCCGGGCAGUCACAUAUUCCCAGCGAAUCCGAAAUUCGUGAAAAGAAAGCCCGACGUGCUCGCCUUGCUAUGGAACACGGCGCAGAGGACGAUAGCUACAUGGCGCUGGAUGACAACGAUGCGGCACACGCGGAUAAUUGGGAUGCGGUUGCGCGCGGCGAAAAGGAAGUCAAGGAUACCCGACUCAUUCGAGACGACGAGGAUUUCGCAGAGGGAUUCGAGGAAUACGUGGAAGAUGGGAAGAUUUCCCUGGGGCGGAGGGCCGAGCGUGAAAAGAAGCGGAAAGAUCGUGAAGCCAUGCGUGAGCUUAUCGAUGACGCCGAAGGUAUCUCGGAUGAAGAUGAUUCCGACCUCGAGGAGAAGGCUGCAUAUGAGGCUGCACAAACCAAAGCGGCGAUGGGUCAUGGCAAAGAUACUCUUGACCGACCGGAGGCGCCUGUCAAAAUGACCUCUCUUCCUCGCUUGGCCCAUAGCAUUGAGCGAUUGCGCAUGCAUCUGGCAUCGAAGGAAGUUUCGAAGACCCAGAUGAUCAGCCGAAUGGAGGAGUUGCGAAAGGAAAAGGCGGAUAUAGCAGUUCGCGAGGUCGAAGUACAGGCGAUGAUCAAGGAAGCGGGCGAAAACUACGAGCGGCUGAAGAAAGAAGCUGUUGCUCAGUCUAAUGCAGAUGAUGCUUCCAACGGAGCCCUCACCAAGACUACAGGCUUAGAAAACAUCGAUGCGCCUGUGCCCAGAUCAAACUCCUCCGACUCAUCGGAUUCCAGUUUCGAAGACGAUGACGAGUCUUGA